AUGCAGGUCUCGCCGUUUGCAUCGGCCGAGCAGCGCCGGGCCGCCCUGGCCUACAAGGGUGACUCCGUGCCAGCUCACUGUUGCGUGACCGGUGGCACCGGUUUCGUGGGUCAACGCCUCGUUGAGAUGCUGUUGGAGCGUGGGGCCAAGCGCGUUGUGUCCUUUGACAUUGUGCCACCGCCCAAGGCCCACUGGGAGCACCCUAAUGUCGAGUAUGUCAUUGGUGAUAUUUGCGACGUGGAGGCCCUCGAGCGCGCUUUCAAGGGCGCAGAUUGUGUCUGGCACAACGCCGCCGCCGUUGGCCCCUUUCACCCCCACGAACUCUACGACAAGGUGAACCGACAAGGUACCCUCAACGUCAUCGAGGUGUGCCGCAAACUUGGCAUCCCUAAGAUCGUCAUGUCCUCUUCUCCAUCCACGCGCUUUGACGGAAGCGACAUCAACGGGCUCAGCGAGGCCGAGAUGCCCAAGCUGCCCAUGGCCACCUAUCUCCAAGCCUAUGCCCAGUCCAAGGCUGAGGGAGAGAUGGCCCUUACUGCUGCCUGCUGCGAUGAACUUAUGACCGUGGCCGUGGCCCCCCACCAAGUCUAUGGCCCCCGCGAUAACCUCUUUGUGCCCAACAUGCUCGAGGCUGCCGGCAAGAACCUGCUCCGUGUCUUUAGCAGUGCCCGUACUGGCUACGGUCAGAAUCGCGUCUGCUUCACUUACGUUGACAACUAUGCUCAUGGUCUGAUUAUUGCGGAAAAGGCCCUGUACAAGGGCAGCCCGGCUUUGGGCAAGUUUUAUGUGGUGACUGAUGGCUCCACUCACCCCCAUCCGGAGGGUUAUGCCCUGUUCUGGCCCACCAUGGACAAGAUGAUCACCUCCAUCGGAUUCACUUCCAUCUACACACGCUGGAAACUUUCAACCUGGUUUCUUUACCCUGUGGCCUAUGUCUGCAAUGUCGUGGGCUGGUUGAUGGGCACCAAGCUCAAGCUCAAUCCUUUCAACGUGCGCGUCCUCACCAUGCAUCGGUGGUUCAACAUCUCGGCCGCUGAGCGUGACCUCAAAUAUCAACCCAUCAUCCCCUUUGAGGCCGGCAUGAUUGAUACAACGGAAUGGUUCAAGGUCAACUGGCUACCUGGCUUCUCAACUUCUGGUCGCAGUGUGGGCAUCGCACAACAGUCCGAAGCCAAAAUCAACGUUCAGGCUGCCGGCACAGACCGCAAAUAG